GACAGACUCACGACACCAUUUGUCUCAAAGGUUCAUCAUGAGGACUGCUCUGCAGCUGGGCUUCUGUAGCCUCUGUCUGACUCUAACACUUCUGGGAGAAGGAAUGGGAGCGGAUCUUCCUGAUCCACCAGCAGUGAAUUGUGUUUGGAGCCGCUGGUCAGAGUGGAGUCCUUGUGAUACCUGCAUGAAAACCAGAAGGCGGGCUCGAGGUGUGGAAGUGUUCGGUCAGUUUGGGGGAGAUUCCUGCCAGGGGUCCCUGGGGGAAAGAGAGGCCUGUGUAACAGACGCUGCCUGUGAGCUGCCCCCCCCCUCCACCUGCUCCGACUCUGAGUUCCGCUGCGAGUCAGGAACUUGCAUCAAGAAGAGAUUAAUGUGCAACGGGGACUAUGACUGUGAGGAUGGAUCAGAUGAGGACUGUGAUCCUGUGCACAGACCGUGUGGAUCAUCCGUCCUGGAAAGUAAUGAGCAAGGCAGGACAGCAGGAUAUGGAAUCAACAUCCUGGGUGCAGAUCCUCGCAUGAACCCGUUCAACAACGAUUACUUCAACGGGAGGUGUGAUCGAGUGAGGAAUCCCAGCUCUGGGAAGCAGGAUAGAGUUCCCUGGAAUGUCGGUGUGCUCAACUAUCAGACUUUAGUGGAAGAAACAUCUUCGAGAGAGAUUUAUGAAAACACACACAGCCUCCUGAAGGAAAUGCUGAAAGAGAUGAGUUCUAAAGUUGAUGCCGGACUUUCUUUCAAAUUCAGCCCAUCUGAGGCCUCCAUGUCAGAGAGCACAUCAUCAAAAGUGGGUUUAGAGUUUGAGUAUGAGAAGAAGAAAAUGAUAAAGGAUGUCUCAGAGAUCUCCAUCAUCAAGAACCAGAGCUUCAUGCGGGUGAAGGGCACGGUGCAGCUGAGCACCUACAGGAUGCGCUCCCGUGAACUGAAAACGGCCAAUGAAUUCCUGGAGCAUAUCAAAUAUUUGCCUUUGCAGUAUGAGAAGGGUAUUUAUUUUGCCUUCCUGGAGGACUAUGGUACUCACUAUACCAAAAAUGGGAAGACAGGCGGUGAAUAUGAGUUGAUCUAUGUUCUCAACCAGGACACCAUACGGGCCAGAAAUCUGACAGAGAGAAAGAUUCAGGAAUGCAUCAAAUUGGGCAUCACCGCAGACUUUGGGGGAGAGGUUGAUGGACACGUGAAAGGCAAUGAGUGUGAUGACGUAACGAACAAAGACCAAGUUGAAACUCACGGAAAAGCAGUGGUGGACAAAGUGCUGACAUCGGUCAAAGGUGGCACUCUACAAAGUGCUGUGAGUAUGAGGGCUAAAUUGAAUAAGGAGGGAGUGAUGGAUCUCGCUACGUAUCAGGAGUGGGCCCGGACCAUCGCUGAGGCCCCUGCACUGCUGACCAGUGAGCCUGAACACAUCUAUAUGUUAGUUCCAUUGGACAUGCCAGAUGCUAACUCCAGGAUAUCCAACCUGAAGCAGGCCACCACAGAAUACGUGGCAGAGUACAACGUGUGCAAGUGUAAGCCUUGUCAUAACGGAGGCACUCUUGCUCUGCUGGAUGGGAAGUGUAUCUGUCUGUGCCCCCCCCUGUUUGAAGGCAUGGCCUGCCAGAAUUUCAAGUCUAAACCCCCAGCUCCUGCUGUGAAUCAGGAGGGUAACUGGUCCUGCUGGUCCGGCUGGUCCAGUUGUAGCGGGGCGAAGCGGGCCAGGACACGCAGCUGUAACACCGACGGGCUUCCUGUGGCCGUGUGCAGAGGAGACAUCAAGAGUGAAGAACACUGCUGAGAACAUACAUGUCAACAAUGUCUCUGACACACACAUUGACACAGACCCUUUAUGUCUUAGAGAUAAAAACAAAGGAACAUUUUGGUCUUAACAUGCUUAGUUAGGA